UGUACCUACUGAAUCCUGUGCUAAGGACUUCUCUGUCUCUGGUGUCAGGCAGGGUUCUGUCUCGAGCUCCUCUGCCCCGCUGUUGGGUCAGAGCACCCAGGACUGACAGGAGUGCAGGAGAAGGAGCCUCAUGGGAAGCUGAACGAGCAAAAAUUGUCUGAGUGGUACUGCUAUGUGGAUAUUUGUUAGCAAUGACUGAUGUGGAAUCUACAUAUGCAGACUUUAUUGCUUCGGGAAGAACGGGUAGAAGAAAUGCGUUACAUGACAUCCUCGUGUCCUCGCCGGGUGGGAACUCCAGUGAACUCGCCUUAAAGUUAUCAGAGCUUGACAUCAACAAAGCGGAGGGAGAAGGAGAUGCGCAGCGGCAGCCCAGCGAGCAGAGCGGGGAGGCGCAGGGGGAGGCAGCCAAGCAGGAGAGCUGACGGCCGGCCCUGAGCCCCCGCUCCCGGCCCACGCGGCCCGCGGGGACCCCUCCGUGUCCCCCAGCCGGCCGGGGGCAGCACCCCUCGUGUCCUCGGCGCCCGGAGCCCGACGCAGCGCUGGGCAUGGGGGCGGCAGCGGCGGCAGGAGCUGGGAUGCCCCCUGCCCCUGUCAUCAGCAACGGCUGAGCACGGAGAGACCCUGCGGGAUGGCGUCACGGAUCCCCUCCCGAUGGCUGCUGGAUGGAGCGCUGUUAGAAAGCACAACAGGUAAACCUUGUAGCAAACAGCCUGUGAGACGCCGGAGGAUGUAGUCGUGUAUCUUAAGAGAGGGCUCCUGUGCUCCUCAGAGUUUAAGGUUCUCCGGCCAGAGAGUUGUCCCCCGGAAAGCCCUGUUUGCAGGACUCUGCCUGUUCCACAGCUCUGUUCCUGAGGAUGGGCUCUGUGCCGUACGGCCCCAGCGCUCACACUGCCCCGGCCCCACUGCCUCUGAGGAAUAGCUCUGCUACUGUGAAUUUUUCUACCACGCGUUUUGAAAGGGCUGGUUUUUUGCAUCAUGUGGUGAUGUGCACACGGUAGAUUUACAGCCUCGGCCGCUAGAUUGGUUAUGCCUAAACCUAAAUGACUCAGCAACACCCUGAUUUGUUACUAGAUGAGCCUUCAAAGCGAUCUGUUAAUGUGAAUACUUGGGCGUGUUUCGUGUCCUUGGUACGGUUUUGCCACUUGCCUGUAGUUAGUUGCAUAUCAGAGACUCAAAUUGAAUCUUUUAUGUUAUUCUUCCCCAUUUUUCUAAUUUUGCUCCCGAUUUCUUAAUCUUUCUCUGAGAUAUUUUUUUAAAAUGUUAGUCCAAGUAUUUUAUUGUUACGGUAGUUUUCAGAAAGCAUUUAUAACCUUACAUGGGUUGAAAUUCAGACAAACCCCGCGGUGCUAGAGGUGUUGCUGGCUCCCCUUGUUGGGGACGGGCCUUGUUUCCCCCGGGGGGGCAGCCGGUGUCACCCAGUGCCAGGAGCAUGCCCUGGGAGGGGGUUUGGGUGGCAGGAGGGUCCCGCUGGUGGGUCGCGGGCUGGGUUUCCUGUGUCUCGCCGUGUCCCAGCACUGGCACAGCCAGGAGCCCAAUGGUGAUGCCACAGCCUGGUGCCUCCUGGUGGGACAUGGGGAGGGACUUGGCACCUUGCACCUGAAGUUGGGGGCUUGUUCCAAACCAACUGCCCAACCCGUGCCCUCGCUGGUUCGACGGGAUGGCUGGUGCAGCCAUUAGUCACUGGUAGCCCUGCUGGGCCAGUCCCUCGCCCCAUCCCGCCCCACAGGCCAGGCUGGGCCCUGAGAGCCCCCUGUGCCCCGGCCCACGGCACUCACCUCAGCACCAUCACAGUCAGGAGAGCCCUUUGCUUUUACUAACGGGAGGUGAGGUCACUUUCUUUAUAUAUAGUAUAUAUAGUAUAUAUAUUUUUGUGUUGUUGUUGGUUUCCAAUGUUAUGCACUUUUUAAUGUUUGUAAACUUUUACUAAUGAAUAGUGUGAUUGCUUCCUGGAUAUAUUAAUCAUCAGUUAAGGAAACAUCCUUGUGGCCACAGCUGUUUGUUUCUACCACGUGUAUCAUAGUACUUGUCACCUGGAAUUUUUUUGUGAGAUGUGUGGAGAAAAAACCACCCCACUUCUGAUCAGUAUUAUGAGCUCAUUCAUUAGUGUUAAUAAAACCCAAGGCGGCAGUUUGCUUGUGGCUCCUUAGUGGAAUUUUAACUCACCCUCCAUUGUCUGGAAGCGGAAUGCCUUGCUGUCUCACUGGCUGUCAGAAGCCCUGUCCUGCUGGUAACAGAGGUAUCCAUUUGCUUUGAAAAUACUAUUAUCCUUAAACUAAUUAUUUAUUCAUUUGUUUCACUCAGUGUUCCUUUCACAGUUAACACCGUAUUAUUGAUCUGUUUGUAGUUUCCCCCCCUUGCUCUUCCAUCAGGUCUCCAAGCUGAAAUGGGUGCCCCUUUGCCAUGGACUAGUUACUGGCAACGCAGCACAACCGCCAGAAGGGAAGCAGGCUCUAGGGCUUUUUAUAGUGUUAUUUAUUGAUGAGCCACGAAGCAUCAUCAAUAAAACGUUGCGGAAAAAGGCAAUAGUGGAAUAAGUAAUCAUUAAAGUGUUGGGUUUCCUUAUUUUCCUUCAGAGCUUUUCUUUAUUUCGGUACAUUUUCCUCCUCCUUGAUUCUUCUGUGUUGUGAAAUAAAAUUCAUUUCAGCCUUUCCUCUCUA